AUGGACCCAGAAUUUGAUGUCUAUUCGCCCCAGCUAAAUGACAAAAGGCCUAUGUUGUAUGAGAAAGUAUUCGUCUACUCGACUGGGCCGUCAAUGAUGGGACAGACUUGUAGGACUGAAUCUCCAUAUCUCUCACCCUUUGCAAUGAGGGUUCACAUACUCUUUGGGCUGUUUUUAUUUGCUCUCUCUUUCGCCUUAGGUCAUUGCUACCGACCUGGACAUGCCCCACCUCCUGUCCAUCGAUUGGUUGGCCCUUCUACUGCCCGAGCUGUCAACUCUGCUGGCUCCAGUCUAACUACCGGCCCAGUGAUGCAUCGAUCAACAGGCCGGUCUCCAGACCCAUUCUAUUGGUCGGUUGGCCAGCUAUUCGUGUUCUGGUCUCGUGUAUCCUGUAGGCGGUUUAAAAACUGGGCAUCGAUUGGCCUCAUUUUAAAGAAAAUUGCGUAUACAGGGAUCUGUUUUGACAACCAUCCUGGCCACGUUUAA